GCCAUGAACACUCAUGAGAACCCAACGGAUCUUUUCUGUUGCUUCGAACAUGAUCACAACGAGAGCUCGAACCGUUUGUGGAUAUGAGUCCAGAGUGCAACCUUCAGUCUGUGUGUGCCGGCGGGGCGGGGAGGCGGGCACAGCGGGUAUAGGAAGUAUUGAAGCGGGCGAAUCCAGUGACAAAGACAAAGGUGAUGCUUGAAGCGGUGAGCCGGAGUGGUUGAUGACUUGAUGGACACCCUGAAAACAGCUUAUUAACUCCUCCAUCUACAACCAUGGGAAAUGCUUUACACUUCAUAAUCGGAUAUUUACGUAACGCUUUACAUCCCUUAUUCGAAUAGUUACGUAAGACUGUACCACAUGCAGUUCUUUCGUUUCACGUUGCACAAUGACGUGAGACUGGUGGAAUAGCGUGAGUCAGUGUGUAUGUUUACCUCGUGCUUGGAGACGCUUAUUCUCUCCCAUACAUAGUAGAGAAACUUUAAACCUUCCACAUUGAUGACAUUGUGCGAUAUUUCCUUCCCGUACUGUGUGGAGUGAUGUGAAGCUGAUAGUGGGUCAGUGUGGAGCUCCGUCGGAUUUGCUUUGGGAGACUAAUAUACUUUCGACUACAUACAAGACACUCAUUUAACCUCACAAACAGAUGACUUUAUGGCAUAUUUCCCUCCCUUUACGCUGGGCAGUGUGUGUAGCUCCAUCAUAUUCACUGGCAUACGAAAGAAUAACAUCAUAGAAUAUUUCCUAACCUAACGUUGAGCUGUGACGUAAGGUUGAUCUGAUAACGGAGACAGUAAGUGUAAGGUGAGAGCCACGUGGGGAGGCCUCGUCAACACAGUCUCCCUGGCAGCCACUCACCGCCUCGUGUUUGUCGGCGGUGCUUGGCGACGACCGCCGAGGAGGAGCAGCCGCCCUCAGUGUCCCCGUUUGACUGGUGACGCUUUACACUGUGUCCUGUGUCUCUGUGUUCCUGUGCUGACAUUCUUCCGUGGCUGGCAAGGUGACGAGAGACGCGAAACAGGUCGAGACAAGAGGAAGCAAGGAUGAAGACGAGCUCCUUUCCCAUGGCAGCCUGGGCGUGUGUGGCGUCCGUGCUGGCGUGCGUGUGCCUGGCGCCGGCGAGUGCGGACCUAGAUGCCUACCGCGUCAACUGGUGCCACUGUGACCUGGACCCGUGUCUCGAGAGUGUCCUCCAGGCACUCCUCAGCAACUCCACAGCGAUGCCAUCCUGCUCUCCCGAGCCGCCCACUCAGGUCAGCAAGCCGGGGAAUGAGACAACCACCCCCUCCUCCGACUCUGCAGCGGGAUCAGGAGCAGGCCAAGUUACUGGGAACACCACCACUACCAAUCCCAACGCUGUCACCAGUGUAGCGGGGAACACGUCGAGCAACAUAACUCCCACCACUGUUGCAUCCGGCGGUAGGCAGGGGGCGGGGAACGACUCCACCACUGACACCACCACUAACACCACUGUUACUGACACAAGCGCCACUGACAGUACCCAAACCACUACAGCUACAGCUACUGCCGAAUCCUCCACUACAGACACCAUCCCCACCCCCACCACCACCUCCAGUGUCACAGAUUCCACCACCACCAAGACUCCAACCACCACCAACACCACCACAACUAACACCACCGCCACUGAUCCUACCACCACCACCAACGCAACCACCACCAUCGCACCCACCACCGCCACUGAUCCUACCACCACCACCAGCGCACCCACCACCACCAACGCAGCCACCACCACCAACGCAACCACCACCACCGCCGCAACCACCACCAUCGAGCCUACCACCCCCGCUUCUGUGGUGGGACGGAAACGUCGGGAUGUGGAGGAGUCUGAUACCCUGAUUGAUGUCCAAAAACUGACUGAACUGUGCAAGGAAGAAGAGGAGGAGGAGGAGGAAGGAAGACACCCGGAAGUCCAACAGGAAAACGGAGACUCACCUGUGAAGUCGAGGAGGAAGAGGAGCGUGAACAGUAUCAUGGACGUGGUGGUGGCCAAGCCCUUCAGGGUGGUGACGAAGACUGUGCAGGACCUCGGCGUGAUGUUCGCUGCUGACUACAACACCUCCACCUGCUCCUGCGCCCCGGGGAGUUCCGUGUCCAUGAGUCUGUGCAUCAAGGACCUGGAAUACCACAAGUCCUUCGCCAACAACGGCACAGCAAACUACACCUACUUCUCCCACCUCUUCCUCGCGGAGAUCCACAAGUUCAUGUCUGCCCUCAAGAACCAGGACGGCAUCGCAGCCUUCCGCCGUCUGAACAUGCCCACCUUCACCAACAUGAGUGACGGCUCCACCACGAUACACACCACUGUCCACCUUGCCGCAACCUACCCCGAGCCGACCUACUACGUGGCGUCGAGCAUUCAGACGCCCACCAAACUCAUGCGCAGGAUCGCUGGCUACAAGACGGAUACGGAGCUGUGCCUGACCGUCAAGAGUGAGUACCCGGCUUGCCUUUGAGAGUGCAUGAGGAGGCGACGUUUCAUUUGUGUUGAGGGAUACAUUAACGAGGUUUUUUCCUUACUGAGUGAUACAUUAACGGAUUUUCCUUUGUUGAGGGAUACAUUAAUGGGUUUUACUUUGCUGAGGGAUACAUACACGAGGUUUUACUUUGCUGUAGGAUACAUUAAAGAGUUUUUUUCUUGACUGAGGGAUACAUUAACGGGUUUUUCUUUGGUGAGGGAUACAUUAACGAUACCUUACUUUAUUGAGUGAUACAUUAAUGAGACUGUUGAGGGAUA